AUGACGGAGGCGUCGAUGACAACCUCAAAGGCGAGAGUGCCGCACAAUCUCGGUGUGGUCAUUACUAUAUGGGCACCAAUUGUUUUGGUGUACUUUAUGGACACACAAAUAUGGUAUGCUAUUUUCUCCACUGUCUUUGGGGGUGUUUCGGGUGCCCUUAGUCAUGUCGGUGAGAUACGUACCCUAGGCAUGUUGAGAGUCAGAUUCAAAUCAAUGCCAGAUGCUUUCAGGAAAUGUCACGUGGCAGCACAUAAAGAGCAAGCACUUGAUGUGAGGAGCUUCUUUUGUGUUUGGAAUUCAUUCAUCAAUUCCUUACGAGAGGAAGACUUCAUUAGUGAUAGAGAGAAGGACAUGUUGAUGGCUCCAUCGUCUUCAAGUAAUUUACCUAUUGUUCCGUGGCCUCCUUUCCUCCUUGCUAGCAAGGUACCAACAGCUCUCCAUAUGGCCAUGACUUCCAAAGAGGGGGAUGAACAUGAGCUGAUCGAAAAAAUCAAACUAGACAAGGACAGAUACAAUGCAGUUAUAGAAUGCUACGAGUCCUUGAAAAUAAUAGUUGUUUGUCUUCUGCUAGACUAUAAUGAUAAAAGAAUUGUCCAUGAUAUCGAUAAAAUAGUGCGAACUAGUAUGCAAAAUAACACACUUUUGGACGACCUCGAGAUGGCAGAGAUUGGUAAAGUCAGCAACACAUUGGCAAAAUUAUUACAGCUACUGUGUUUUGACUCCAUAUUACAAUGA